AUGAUUCCUUAUUAUUAUGGCAGCAUAAUAAUUGGUCCAAGUGGUGUUGGCAAAUCAACUCUUUGUAAAGGAUUGUCUUAAAUGAUGUAAUAAAUAUAAAGAAAAUCUAUCAUAAUUAAUAUGGAUCCAGCUAAUGAAGAUUUAUAUGAAGAUUAUCUAUGCAUUAAUAUUUUAGAGCUUAUUACUGUUGAGGAUGUGAUGAAAGAAUUUAAAUUAGGGUAUAUUCCAAUAAUAUUUAAGGCCUAAUGCAGCUUUGUUAUAUUGCUUCUAAUUUUUGUUGGAUAAUAUUAGUUGGCUUUUUGAUAAAUUAAUAAAGUAUAAAGACUAUUAUUUAAUUUUUGAUUUUCCAGGUAUUAAUUAAUGUUAAAAUAGGAUAGAUUGAAUUGUAUUUAGCAAAUGAUUCUAUUUAUAAUCUUAUAUAGUUAUUGACAAAUAAAAACAAUUAAACAUUAUAAAUAUCGUUAGUUGCAGUGUAAUUAUUUGAUUGUUUAAAUUGUUAUUAAGUGAAUACAUUUAUUUCUGCAAGUCUUGUUAGUGUUACUGUAUCUGCAAAUUUAUCAUUACCAUACUUAGCUGUAUUGAAUAAAUUAGAUCUAAUUAAAUAAUAUGGUGAGAUGCCUUUAAGUUUAUAAUACUAUUUAGAAGGUGAAAAUUUGAAAUACAUGCUUGAAGUUACUGAUUAAUGUGAUGAAGAUGGAUAAAAAUUUAAAGAAAAAUAUGGACAAUUAACAUACUAAAUUGCAUAACUAAUUGAUUCUAAAGAAGUUGUUAGUUUUGAACCACUUUUUGUUGAAAAUAAAAAAUUAAUUAUGAGACUAAUUCUAAAAAUGGAUAAAGCAAACGGCUAUUAUUUUUUAGAAAAUUUACCUCCAAUUUAUAAAUCUAUACAAGAUGAAGUAGGAGAAGAAAUAGAUUUUCUUCCUACUGAAUUAGUGAUGGAGUUAGAAACAGAAUUAUUUGAGAGUAAUUGA